AUGGUACCUGACGAGUUGGUUUUCAAAUUUCCAACAGAAAACAAACCCAAGUCAUUUGUCGGAAUAAUUCUGCUCGCUGACGUCUCUGGACUAUCGACGAUCCACGAAAUUUACAAGUACGCUGGCCAAGGUGGUUCGAUCAGUCUGAACACGACGCUGAAUGCAUAUUUUGGUUACAUGAUUCAAGCUGUUUAUUCUUACGGGGGUGACGUUAUCAAGAUUACAGGUAACGGGCUGCUUGCCCUUUGGAAGGUUCGGAAUGACGAGCUCGUUUUCAACACCCUUCAUGAAGUAAUAACUUGUAGUUUGAGGAUUCAACAAGCUAUCGGACGCUUCACCACCACUGUCAAUGUGACCUUAAAACUGAAAUUGGCCAUAUCCGCGGGCAAUUUGACCUUCAUAGUGAUCGGGCAAGGCAACUGCCACCAAUAUCUGUUGGUCGGUGAACCAAUGGAAGAAGCAAAGAACGCUAAGAAUGCUUGUUUUCCCGGCGAUCUCGUUCUCGCUGGAAGUGCAUGGGGUCAUUGCAAUCCAGCGUGCUACGAGUACGUCAUCAAGGACUCUUACAAUGUCAAGAUUCAACGCGUUUUAUUAGCAGCCAAACAGCACGGAAGGAGAAAAUCAAGGACUAUGACAGCAGCUGAAACAGCCUCUUGUAACGCAACGAGGAGGAAAAUUUUCACAACCGACGAACGAGGUUCAGUUUACUGGGAAAGGGUUGACCCGUACGAGGAUUUAAUCGUCGCAGCCCGUCCAGCGAUAAACGAGGCCGUUCUACGUAGAAUCGGAAAGGAGCUCAAGACUUUUAUUAUUCCAUCAGCCGUCCAGUUGGUCGACACCGAACAGCCGUUGAACUAUCUUACGGAAUAUCGACGGGUCACCCACAUGUUCAUGAGCGUGAUUCCUUCGAAAUGUUCCGUACUCAAUCUUAUCAGAUUGGCGGACGACAUUUACGUCCUUCUGACUCGCACUGUCCUGGACCGCGGUGGUCAUGUGAUGAGAGUCGGAUUUUUGCGCGAGGGAAUAAGUUUCCUGACUAUAUUCGGUUUGAAUAAAUACAACUCGGUUGAAUCCGACAGCAAAAAUGCCUUGUUAAGUGGCUCGAACCUUCGAAGUUCGAUAAAAAAAUUCUACAGCGUGGAAAAGGUCUCCGUUACCUGCGACCUCAACACUUUGUUACGCAGUGACCUCCCUCGAAGCAAAUUCAUCUUGCAGGAUAACAUCAAGAUCCUGAAAGUCGCAGGACCGAGUUCCAUUUACGAAUUCACAGGGGAUACUUUCCACGUCGAUACCAGACACCCGGACUUGCUGCUUCACUAUCCAAUACUCGGUCGAAGCGCUGAAUUGAAUAUCUUGAGUCUCUUCCUCGACGAUAUCGGACUCGCGGAUCGAGACCACGCUGGUAUUUUAUUGAAAGGUGAGAACGGCAGCGGGAAAUCCCGAGUUCUGGAUGCCUUUGUGACCAUGAUAAAAUCAAGAGACAUUGCGACUACCUCUGUAACCCUGACACCCGAUUACGCGAUCACACCGUACUCCGCUAUCUACUCAAUCCUGACGGAAAUUUUAGACAUCGACGAGUAUUGUUCAACGGUGGUACGGGAGCAAAGCAUGUCGAAGAAAUUGGGGGAAAUUAUUACCCCGCAAGAUUUCUGCUACCUCAACGAGAUAAUGAGGGUAAAAUUUCCGAUUUCGAAACGCUGCAGUCUGGAAAAUGAAGUCGAAAGACAAACCCAGGCGACAAGGAUCCUGGAAGGAAUAUUAAACGUGUCGAAGGUCAGACGCUGCAUCCUAAUCGACGACAUCCACAACGUUGACCCGAUGUCAUGGCAAUUGCUGUCUAUGACACUCAACGUGAAAUAUUCGCUGCUGAUCGCAUCGAUUGAAACACGACCCCUCGACGAUCCACCGGCGCAACCUAUCUCCGAAAUUUACGGAGACAAAAGGAUGAAACACGUUGAUCUUAAGACGAUCAGCUCACACUGCAUCACUGCCCUGGCAUGCCAAAUACUCAACGUACAGGCAAUUCCGCAAUUCCUCGAAAGAGAGCUGCUCCUUCGCACGAAUCACAACCCCAAUCACUGCCAGGCUCUCUUGACGGCCGUUUUGGGUCACGGGGGUCUUCAGCGAGUAGAAAUGACACCGAAGAAGGCUACAGAGUACAGAUUACUGUUCUCCCCUGUUCACAUGCUCUCGAAGAUUUCGCGAGACACCCUCCCGGAGGAUGUGGCACCGCCUCUCCCUUGGGGAAGACGUUUCAAAAUUCACGCCUGCCUCCUCAACAACUAUCACCAAUUUCAAUACAGCUGCCAAAGCGUACAGUUGAGAGACAUGAUGAAGAACACUUUGACGAAACUUUCGCCUUAUGAACAGGGGCUUUUGAAAUGCGCUGCAAUCCUGGGGGUUACUUUUACCCGAUACAUGCUGCAGAUGAUAAUGCCAAACUAUUCGAAUUUUCACACUACAAAAGCAAUAACAAAUUUGUUCAAUCUCCGAAUCCUUUACUGCGCGUCUCUGGCGACACGAACCGUCCCCGCCCACGGUAAAACUUACAAAUUCUGCAUGGCAGGGAAGAGGAAAACUUUCACCGAUUCGCAACAUCUCCUUUAUUGCGAUUGUUCCGACCCUCAAAUCGGGGAUACAUUUAACCGUAGAACCAGCGGUGCGCCCCCGGAAGAACUACCCUGGUAUUCUGGGUGUAAAUUUUUCGCAUUCAAGAUGCCAAAGUUCCAGCAAUUGAUCUACGAUACGAUACCGGAUGACGAGAGAAGGGACCUUCAUCUUAAGGCCAUCGAACUUUACAAGGUCGAGGCUCACAAGUGCAAGGCAUGUGGUGGUGGAGCAUUUUUAGAAGUCUUUGGAAGGGCCGAACUCAAUAAGCGCAUCGCGCAAUCGUCGAGAAGUUCGAAACUUUUGAGAUCCUACAGCAGAACCAUGAGUGCCGAGAAUCAGCCUCCCGACAACAGAAGGUCGUUGGAACCCUCCAAAACGACGAAGAGUUUGCCUCGUAAAAAAUCAAACGAAUCAUAUUCGGUUGAUAAAUCAAAGUCAACUCCUGGGCAUCUUCAAGCUCAAAUUGAAGAUGUUCGAAAGAAUAGUGGAAGGGAAUCGAUCAGUUCUGAGGGGCGCAGAAGAGUUUCUAUCUUACCGUUUUACACCGAAACGAACGAUCGAACGAUAGUAUCCUCCGAAAGUUCGCUUGAGCCUACGGGUGAGGUUCAAGAUGAAGUGGAGGUGGAGGAGCGAGAGGUAGGACACGCGAAAUUUUGCCAAUGGAUGAAAAAUCAAUUCUCAACCAACGAGAUGGCUGUUGAGAAGAUUUCAGAAUCUAGUUCAAAAGUACUCAGAGUACCGAAAUUUACGCAGUUCCGUGGAAUCGACUUCAGAAAUUGUCAGUGCAGUCCGAUACUCGACAAUAUUUACAAGACGCUUUUGUAUCACAGCAAAAAUACCGGAAACACCGGGGACCACAUCAAUCAUUUGAUAGACUACAGUGCUGGGCUGAUUCGCGUAGCCGAGCAUGCCCACGCGAUUAAAAUCCUUCGGAGAGCCGAUGAACUGAACAAGAACUACGAACGUUUCAAAGACGACAUCGAAAAAUCCUUGACGGAUAGGAUGGUCACCGAAGGAAUUAUAUUGUCUUUACUCGGUGAGACAUACUUACAAUUGGGAUACUACGAUAAAGCGCGUCGUUUCACUCUUGAGGAAAUGACGAUCUACAGUUCCAUGCUCUCCACGAGAAAAAUUCUCAUCUGCCAGCAAAUCCUUUCCAUCGAACGUCGCGAAUCGACUCAUCAAUGGUUUCCAGGAUCAUCCAUGGCGAAAUUAUCCAGUAAAGAUGCUCUGGAGAGGAGCCGAAUAUCGGCGUGCAUCGGUCGAUUAUCUUCUAUCUUGAUGACAGGUGAACAAACAAAGUUCGCAAAGUUAGCGGUAAUGGUGAGUUCGAACAUCGCGGAAAAGUGCAGGGACCAGCCAAUGACGGAACUUUGUUCGUACCGACUCGCUAUGCUCUACUAUCGUCACAUAGGAAGCCUACGACUCUGUAAACGCCUAGAAAAAUCAGCCUUAAAAAUAAUCGCCGGUCAAUUUGCCUGGAACGAUCUUCAGGGCGUUUUAGUUGUCGCGGACGUCUUCCAAUCCAUGUUCCAUUCAAAACUAAUCAGAGGCGAGCUACGAACGGCGAUCGAAUUUGGAUUCAAGGCUCUUCAGAUACCCGGAAAAUUUAACACGGUUGAAUCGAGACUGGAAAUUCUACCGAUCCUCAUCCAAGCGUUGGUUCAGGCUAGCCGAAUUCCGGAAGCGGUCGAUCUACUUCAUGAUUUGUCUUACCUGGCCCAAGAAGACGUUGACAUGUCUUCUACUAUUUGGUACUACGCUCUCUGCCUCGAUCUCGUCCUCGACGCGGGGGUCACCAUAGAAUCCGUCGAAGCAUGUCGAACAUUCACUCAAAAAUUGAUCGAUCCGUCCGGAAAGAACUUUCGGUCCAUCAUUAGAGAUCCUGACUCAUUUAAACGACUGCUCACGAACAUGUGGCUGUUACUGACUAGAUUGGGAAUAGAUUCUACCAAGUAUGAACUACCACGCGACGUUUAUUUGAAUGUUACGAGGCAUGAGAAUUACUCAGAUCUCUGUACAGUCAUGAAAGCUGUGGAAUGCAGGAUGUUGAAGAUAACGUAUUUCCUGAAUUAUAAGAAGGGCAACACACUGCCCGAUAUUCGUGGAGACGUAAAGGAGCUUCUCGAACGCCUGACGAGGGCAUCAAAAAUCUCACGUUUUCUGAAGCCACGUCUUGGCCUCCUCAAAGCUUACAUGAACGUCAUCAAGGGGCACAUCUCAAAAGCGAAGAAGGCUCUGGCAAUCGCUCAAAAGAAUGCACGCAGACAAGACAACUCACUCGUGCAAGCUUCGAUCACGCUACAUAAGAAAGUAAGCAACAAAAGAGAAAAACGUGACGCCUUUUUCAGGUAUCAAGGAAUAUCUCCCUCUGACAUCACCGGGCAUAUUUUAGACUUGGCUGGACAAUUAUCCCGCGACAAACGCGCGUUGGGCAGAAAUCGCAAAUCAAGAAUCAACGGUCGAUUGGCACGAGGUUCACAAUCUGUCGAACGAGGACCACGUCAAGAUUUUAUACUGCCUACCAAAACCAAGAAAUUGUCUAUGAUCUCCAUGGUCACGACUUGA